GGCGCCUCGGUCGACCCUGCGCCGCCUCCUCUGCUCUGCAGGCGGGGUCCGCGGGGCGCUUGGCACCUGCAGCGCGGCCCCCGGCUCCGGGCAGCGGCGCGAGCAGGCGCAGGAGCGAACGGCGCGAGGGGCGGUCGCCGGGCUCCGCAGGGCUCCGAGCGCGGAGCCAUGGCCGACGGGGGCGAAGGCGAGGACGAGAUCCAGUUCCUGCGAACUGAUGAUGAGGUGGUCCUGCAGUGUACCGCAACUAUCCACAAAGAACAACAGAAGCUAUGUCUGGCAGCAGAAGGAUUUGGCAACAGACUUUGUUUCUUGGAGUCUACUUCCAAUUCCAAGAAUGUUCCCCCAGACCUGUCCAUCUGCACCUUUGUGCUGGAGCAGUCCCUCUCAGUGCGGGCCCUGCAGGAGAUGUUGGCCAACACAGUGGAGAAAUCGGAAGGGCAAGUUGAUGUGGAAAAAUGGAAAUUCAUGAUGAAGACUGCCCAAGGCGGGGGCCAUCGGACUCUCCUCUAUGGACAUGCCAUUCUGCUGCGCCACUCCUACAGUGGCAUGUAUCUGUGCUGUCUGUCUACCUCCCGGUCCUCAACUGAUAAGCUGGCUUUUGAUGUGGGUUUGCAAGAGGACACCACAGGUGAGGCUUGUUGGUGGACUAUACAUCCUGCCUCUAAGCAACGAUCUGAAGGAGAAAAAGUACGAGUUGGAGAUGACCUCAUCUUGGUUAGCGUGUCCUCUGAAAGGUACUUGCACUUGUCCUAUGGCAAUGGCAGUUUGCAUGUGGACGCAGCCUUCCAGCAGACUCUUUGGAGCGUGGCCCCUAUCAGCUCAGGAAGUGAAGCAGCCCAAGGGUAUCUGAUUGGUGGUGAUGUCCUGAGGUUGCUGCACGGACACAUGGAUGAAUGUCUCACUGUUCCUUCAGGAGAACACGGUGAAGAGCAGCGGAGAACUGUUCAUUAUGAAGGUGGUGCUGUGUCUGUCCAUGCACGUUCCCUGUGGAGACUAGAAACACUUCGAGUUGCGUGGAGUGGGAGCCACAUACGGUGGGGGCAGCCAUUCAGACUACGCCAUGUCACAACCGGAAAAUACCUAAGUCUCCUGGAAGACAAAAACCUUUUACUCAUGGACAAAGAAAAGGCCGAUGUAAAAUCAACAGCAUUUACCUUCCGGUCUUCCAAGGAAAAACUGGAUGUAGGAGUGAGAAAAGAAGUUGAUGGUAUGGGAACAUCUGAAAUAAAAUACGGUGACUCUGUAUGCUACAUACAGCACGUGGAUACAGGCCUGUGGCUUACUUACCAGUCUGUAGAUGUGAAAUCCGUGAGAAUGGGUUCUAUACAACGUAAGGCCAUUAUGCACCACGAAGGCCACAUGGAUGAUGGCUUAAAUUUAUCUAGGUCUCAGCAUGAAGAAUCACGCACAGCCCGAGUCAUCCGGAGUACAGUCUUCCUUUUCAAUAGAUUUAUAAGGGGCCUGGAUGCUCUCAGCAAGAAAGUGAAGGUGCCUGCAGUUGAGUUACCCAUAGAAUCCGUGAGCCUCAGUCUGCAGGACCUCAUUGGCUACUUCCACCCCCCUGAUGAGCACCUGGAGCACGAGGACAAGCAGAACAGGCUGCGAGCCCUGAAGAACCGGCAGAAUCUCUUCCAGGAAGAGGGAAUGAUCAACCUCGUGCUGGAGUGCAUUGACCGACUGCAUGUCUACAGCAGUGCAGCACACUUUGCUGAUGUCGCUGGGCAAGAAGCAGGGGAGGCUUGGAAAUCCAUUCUGAAUUCUCUGUAUGAGUUGCUGGCGGCUCUAAUUAGAGGAAAUCGUAAAAACUGUGCCCAAUUUUCUGGCUCUCUCGACUGGCUGAUCAGCAGAUUGGAAAGACUAGAAGCUUCCUCUGGUAUUCUUGAAGUUCUACACUGUGUGUUAGUGGAGAGUCCAGAAGCUCUAAAUAUUAUUAAAGAAGGACAUAUUAAAUCCAUUAUCUCACUCUUAGACAAGCAUGGGAGAAACCAUAAAGUUCUGGAUGUCUUGUGUUCGCUGUGUGUUUGCCAUGGGGUCGCUGUCAGGUCUAACCAGCAUCUCAUCUGUGACAAUCUCCUGCCAGGACGAGAUCUUUUAUUGCAGACCCGUCUUGUGAACCAUGUCAGCAGCAUGAGGCCCAAUAUUUUUCUGGGUGUCAGUGAAGGGUCUGCUCAGUAUAAGAAAUGGUACUAUGAGCUCAUGGUGGACCACACUGAGCCGUUUGUGACAGCAGAAGCCACUCACCUGCGAGUGGGCUGGGCUUCCACGGAAGGCUACUCGCCCUACCCCGGGGGCGGUGAGGAAUGGGGCGGCAAUGGUGUUGGUGACGACCUCUUCUCCUAUGGAUUCGAUGGCCUGCAUCUCUGGUCAGGUUGUAUUGCACGUACUGUAAACUCACCAAACCAGCAUCUGUUGAGAACUGAUGAUGUCAUCAGUUGCUGCUUAGAUCUCAGUGCCCCAAGCAUCUCAUUCCGAAUUAAUGGACAGCCUGUUCAAGGAAUGUUUGAGAAUUUCAACAUUGAUGGCCUCUUCUUUCCAGUUGUUAGCUUCUCUGCAGGAAUAAAGGUCCGCUUUUUGCUUGGAGGGCGACAUGGGGAAUUCAAAUUCCUUCCUCCACCCGGGUAUGCUCCUUGCUAUGAAGCUGUUCUGCCCAAAGAAAAGUUGAAAGUGGAACACAGUCGGGAAUAUAAGCAAGAACGGACAUAUACGCGAGACCUGCUGGGGCCAACCGUUUCCCUGACCCAGGCCGCCUUCACACCAAUCCCUGUGGAUACCAGCCAGAUUGUGCUGCCUCCCCACCUAGAAAGGAUAAGAGAAAAACUGGCAGAGAAUAUCCAUGAACUCUGGGUUAUGAAUAAGAUUGAACUUGGCUGGCAGUAUGGUCCGGUUAGAGAUGACAAUAAGAGACAACACCCAUGUCUGGUGGAAUUCUCCAAGCUGCCUGAACAGGAACGCAAUUACAAUUUGCAGAUGUCUCUUGAGACCCUGAAGACUCUGUUGGCACUAGGAUGUCAUGUGGGCCUAUCGGAUGAACAUGUUGAAGAAAAGGUGAAGAAAAUGAAGCUUCCCAAGAAUUACCAGCUGACAAGUGGAUAUAAACCUGCCCCAAUGGACCUGAGCAUCAUAAAACUUACCCCUGCUCAGGAAGCAAUGGUAGACAGGCUGGCGGAAAAUGCUCACAAUGUGUGGGCCCGGGAUCGGAUCCGGCAGGGCUGGACCUAUGGAAUUCAGCAGGAUGUCAAGAACAGAAGAAACCCUCGCCUUGUCCCCUAUACCCUUCUAGAUGACCGAACCAAGAAAUCAAACAAGGACAGCUUGCGUGAGGCGGUACGCACGCUGCUGGGGUACGGCUACAAUCUGGAAGCCCCGGACCAAGACCAUGCAGCCAGAGCAGAAGUGUGCAGUGGCACUGGUGAGAGGUUCCGCAUCUUCCGUGCUGAGAAGACAUAUGCAGUGAAGACAGGACGGUGGUACUUUGAGUUCGAGGCUGUCACUGCAGGGGACAUGCGGGUCGGCUGGAGCAGGCCAGGCUGCCAGCCCGAUCAGGAGCUGGGCUCAGAUGAGCGUGCAUUUGCUUUUGAUGGCUUUAAGGCUCAGCGGUGGCACCAGGGCAAUGAGCACUAUGGACGCUCCUGGCAAGCAGGUGAUGUUGUGGGCUGUAUGGUUGACAUGAAUGAACACACUAUGAUGUUCACACUGAAUGGCGAAAUCCUGCUUGAUGACUCGGGUUCCGAACUAGCUUUCAAGGACUUUGAUGUUGGUGAUGGAUUCAUACCUGUGUGUAGCUUGGGUGUGGCUCAGGUGGGCAGGAUGAACUUCGGAAAGGAUGUCAGCACCUUGAAGUAUUUCACCAUCUGCGGCUUACAAGAGGGCUAUGAACCAUUUGCGGUUAACACAAACAGAGAUAUUACCAUGUGGCUAAGCAAGAGGCUUCCUCAGUUUCUCCAAGUUCCAUCAAACCAUGAACAUAUUGAGGUGACCAGAAUAGAUGGGACCAUAGACAGUUCCCCAUGUCUGAAGGUCACGCAGAAGUCCUUUGGCUCUCAGAACAGCAGCACUGACAUCAUGUUUUACCGCCUGAGCAUGCCGAUUGAGUGCGCGGAGGUCUUCUCCAAAACUAUGGCUGGGGGGCUCCCGGGUGCAGGCCUCUUUGGGCCCAAGAAUGACUUGGAGGAUUAUGACGCGGAUUCUGACUUUGAGGUUCUGAUGAAGACAGCUCAUGGCCAUCUGGUGCCCGAUCGCAUUGACAAAGACAAAGAAGCUGCAAAGCCAGAGUUUAAUAACCAUAAAGAUUAUGCUCAGGAAAAACCUUCUCGUCUGAAACAGAGAUUUUUACUUAGGAGAACAAAGCCAGAUUACAGCACAAGCCAUUCUGCAAGACUCACUGAAGAUGUCCUGGCAGAUGAUCGGGAUGACUAUGAUUACCUGAUGCAAACCUCCACGUACUAUUACUCAGUGAGAAUCUUUCCUGGCCAAGAACCUGCUAAUGUCUGGGUGGGAUGGAUCACAUCUGAUUUCCACCAGUAUGACACAGGCUUUGACUUGGACAGAGUCCGUACAGUGACUGUAACUCUAGGAGAUGAAAAAGGAAAAGUACAUGAAAGCAUCAAACGCAGCAACUGCUAUAUGGUGUGUGCUGGUGAGAGCAUGAGCCCCGGGCAAGGACGCAACAGUAAUGGGCUGGAGAUCGGCUGUGUGGUGGACGCCGCCAGUGGGCUGCUCACAUUCAUAGCCAAUGGCAAGGAGCUGAGCACUUACUAUCAGGUGGAGCCAAGUACAAAAUUAUUUCCUGCAGUUUUUGCACAAGCCACAAGUCCCAAUGUUUUCCAGUUUGAGUUAGGAAGAAUAAAGAAUGUGAUGCCUCUCUCUGCGGGAUUGUUCAAGAGUGAACACAAGAACCCUGUGCCCCAGUGUCCCCCGCGUCUGCACGUGCAGUUCCUGUCGCAUGUGCUAUGGAGCCGGAUGCCCAACCAGUUUCUGAAGGUGGACGUCUCUCGAAUAAGUGAGCGCCAAGGCUGGCUGGUGCAGUGCCUGGACCCUCUGCAGUUCAUGUCCCUGCACAUCCCAGAGGAGAACAGAUCUGUUGACAUCUUAGAGUUGACAGAGCAGGAGGAGUUGCUGAAAUUUCACUAUCAUACCCUCCGGCUGUACUCAGCAGUCUGUGCCCUGGGGAACCACCGGGUGGCCCAUGCCCUCUGCAGCCAUGUGGAUGAACCUCAGCUGCUCUAUGCCAUCGAGAACAAGUACAUGCCUGGCUUGCUGCGCUCCGGUUACUAUGACCUGCUGAUCGACAUCCAUCUUAGCUCCUAUGCCACUGCCAGGCUCAUGAUGAACAAUGAAUUCAUUGUCCCCAUGACCGAGGAAACCAAGAGCAUCACCCUCUUCCCUGAUGAGAACAAGAAGCAUGGCCUCCCUGGCAUCGGCCUCAGUACCUCCCUCAGGCCACGGAUGCAGUUUUCUUCCCCCAGCUUUGUAAGCAUCAAUAAUGAAUGUUACCAGUACAGUCCUGAGUUCCCACUGGACAUCCUCAAGGCCAAGACCAUACAGAUGCUGACAGAGGCUGUUAAGGAGGGCAGCCUCCAUGCACGGGACCCUGUCGGUGGGACUACCGAGUUCCUCUUUGUGCCUCUCAUCAAGCUCUUCUAUACCUUGCUGAUCAUGGGCAUCUUUCACAAUGAGGACUUGAAGCACAUACUGCAGCUGAUUGAGCCCAGUGUAUUUAAGGAAGCUGCCUCUCUGGAGGAGGAAGGUGACAUGCUGGAGAAAGAGCUCAGUACUGAAGACUCAAAGCUGGAAGGAGCAGGGGAAGAAGAUGCUAAAGGGGGUAAGAGCCCCAAGGAAGGUCUACUCCAGAUGAAACUUCCUGAGCCAGUUAAACUACAGAUGUGCUUAUUGCUUCAGUACCUCUGUGACUGCCAGGUCCGGCACCGGAUAGAAGCCAUUGUAGCCUUUUCAGAUGACUUUGUAGCUAAGCUCCAAGACAAUCAGCGUUUCCGAUAUAAUGAAGUGAUGCAAGCCUUAAACAUGUCAGCAGCACUUACAGCCAGGAAAACCAAGGAGUUCAGGUCGCCGCCCCAAGAGCAGAUCAAUAUGCUUCUCAAUUUUAAGGAUGACAAAAGUGAAUGUCCAUGUCCUGAAGAAAUUCGUGACCAACUCUUAGAUUUCCAUGAAGAUUUGAUGACACAUUGUGGGAUUGAGCUAGAUGAAGAUGGGUCUCUGGAUGGAAAUAGUGACUUAACAAUCAGAGGACGCCUGCUGUCCUUGGUGGAAAAGGUGACAUACCUGAAGAAGAAACAAGCAGAAAAGCCAAUUGCAAGUGAUGCCAAGAAGUCCUCCAGUCUCCAGCAGUUGAUUUCUGAGACCAUGGUCCGGUGGGCUCAGGAGUCUGUCAUUGAAGACCCUGAGUUGGUGAGGGCCAUGUUUGUGUUGCUGCAUCGACAGUAUGAUGGUAUUGGGGGCCUGGUCCGGGCACUACCGAAGACCUAUACCAUCAAUGGUGUCUCUGUAGAAGACACCAUCAAUCUGCUGGCCUCCCUUGGUCAGAUCCGUUCCCUGCUAAGUGUAAGGAUGGGCAAGGAAGAAGAGAAGCUUAUGAUUCGUGGAUUAGGGGACAUCAUGAAUAAUAAAGUGUUUUACCAGCACCCUAAUCUCAUGAGAGCACUUGGUAUGCACGAGACCGUGAUGGAAGUCAUGGUGAAUGUCCUUGGAGGUGGGGAGUCCAAGGAAAUCACCUUUCCCAAGAUGGUGGCCAACUGUUGCCGUUUUCUCUGUUACUUCUGUCGUAUAAGUAGGCAGAAUCAAAAGGCUAUGUUUGAUCAUCUCAGUUAUUUACUAGAAAACAGCAGUGUUGGUCUUGCCUCACCAGCUAUGAGAGGUUCAACACCGCUGGAUGUGGCAGCAGCCUCUGUGAUGGACAAUAAUGAACUAGCCCUGGCUUUGCGUGAGCCAGACCUAGAAAAGGUAGUUCGUUAUUUGGCUGGAUGUGGACUGCAGAGUUGCCAGAUGCUGGUGUCCAAGGGUUAUCCAGACAUUGGGUGGAAUCCAGUCGAAGGAGAGAGAUAUCUUGACUUUCUCAGAUUUGCUGUUUUUUGUAAUGGGGAGAGCGUGGAAGAAAAUGCGAACGUUGUGGUGAGAUUGCUCAUCCGGAGGCCUGAGUGCUUCGGUCCUGCUUUGAGAGGGGAAGGUGGGAAUGGUCUCCUGGCAGCGAUGGAAGAAGCCAUAAAAAUAGCUGAGGAUCCAUCCCGAGAUGGCCCCUCACCCACUAGUGGAUCCAGUAGAACACUUGAUACUGAGGAAGAGGAAGAUGACACCAUCCAUAUGGGGAAUGCGAUCAUGACCUUUUAUGCGGCCUUGAUUGACCUCCUGGGACGCUGUGCUCCUGAGAUGCAUUUGAUUCAUGCUGCUAAGGGGGAAGCCAUCAGAAUCAGGUCUAUUUUGAGAUCCCUAAUUCCAUUGGGAGAUUUGGUGGGAGUCAUUAGCAUCGCUUUCCAGAUGCCAACGAUAGCCAAAGAUGGGAAUGUGGUGGAACCUGACAUGUCUGCGGGGUUUUGCCCAGAUCACAAGGCAGCCAUGGUUUUGUUCCUUGACAGGGUCUAUGGAAUUGAGGUACAAGAUUUCCUCCUCCAUCUUCUCGAGGUUGGCUUUCUGCCAGAUCUCCGAGCUGCUGCUUCUCUAGAUACGGCUGCUCUGAGUGCUACAGACAUGGCUUUGGCCCUCAACCGGUACCUUUGCACAGCUGUCCUGCCUUUGUUGACGCGAUGUGCUCCUCUCUUUGCUGGCACGGAGCACCAUGCCUCCCUCAUUGACUCCUUACUUCAUACUGUGUACAGACUUUCUAAGGGCUGCUCACUCACCAAAGCUCAACGGGAUUCCAUAGAAGUGUGUUUACUCUCUAUCUGUGGCCAACUGAGACCCUCCAUGAUGCAGCAUUUGCUCAGAAGGCUAGUAUUUGAUGUUCCAUUAUUGAAUGAACACACAAAGAUGCCCCUUAAGCUGCUGACGAAUCACUAUGAAAGAUGCUGGAAAUACUACUGCUUGCCAGGAGGGUGGGGCAACUUUGGUGCUGCCUCUGAAGAAGAACUUCAUUUAUCAAGAAAACUCUUCUGGGGCAUUUUUGAUGCCCUGUCUCAAAAGAAAUAUGAACAAGAACUUUUCAAACUGGCACUACCCUGUCUGAGUGCAGUGGCGGGAGCUUUGCCCCCAGACUACAUGGAGUCAAAUUAUGUCAGUAUGAUGGAAAAACAGUCAUCCAUGGAUUCUGAAGGGAACUUUAACCCACAACCUGUUGAUACCUCAAAUAUUACAAUUCCUGAGAAGUUGGAAUACUUCAUUAACAAAUAUGCAGAGCAUUCUCAUGACAAAUGGUCAAUGGACAAGUUGGCAAAUGGAUGGAUUUAUGGAGAAAUAUAUUCAGAUUCUUCUAAGAUUCAGCCAUUAAUGAAGCCAUACAAGUUAUUAUCUGAAAAGGAAAAAGAAAUUUAUCGCUGGCCAAUUAAAGAAUCAUUAAAAACUAUGCUGGCCUGGGGUUGGAGAAUUGAGAGAACUAGAGAAGGAGACAGCAUGGCUCUUUAUAACCGAACUCGUCGUAUCUCUCAGACAAGCCAGGUUUCAGUGGAUGCUGCCCAUGGAUACAGCCCCCGAGCCAUCGACAUGAGCAAUGUUACACUAUCUAGGGACCUACAUGCUAUGGCAGAAAUGAUGGCUGAAAACUACCAUAAUAUAUGGGCAAAGAAAAAGAAAUUGGAGUUGGAGUCCAAAGGAGGUGGAAAUCAUCCCCUGCUGGUGCCCUAUGACACGCUGACUGCCAAAGAGAAAGCCAAGGACAGGGAAAAAGCACAGGACAUUCUCAAGUUCUUGCAGAUAAAUGGAUAUGCGGUAUCCAGAGGGUUCAAGGACCUGGAAUUGGACACACCUUCCAUUGAGAAACGAUUUGCAUACAGUUUCCUCCAACAGCUCAUCCGCUAUGUGGAUGAGGCCCAUCAGUAUAUCCUGGAGUUUGAUGGUGGCAGCAGAAGCAAAGGAGAACAUUUCCCUUAUGAACAAGAAAUCAAGUUCUUUGCCAAAGUUGUUCUUCCUUUAAUUGAUCAGUAUUUCAAAAACCAUCGUUUAUACUUCUUAUCUGCAGCAAGCAGACCUCUCUGCUCUGGAGGACAUGCAUCAAACAAAGAAAAAGAGAUGGUGACUAGCCUAUUCUGCAAACUUGGAGUUCUUGUCAGGCAUAGGAUUUCACUGUUUGGAAAUGAUGCAACCUCAAUUGUCAACUGUCUUCAUAUUUUGGGUCAGACCUUGGAUGCAAGGACUGUGAUGAAGACUGGGCUGGAGAGUGUUAAAAGUGCACUCCGAGCUUUUCUGGACAAUGCUGCGGAGGAUCUGGAGAAGACUAUGGAAAACCUUAAACAGGGCCAAUUCACCCACACCCGAAACCAACCCAGGGGAGUUACUCAGAUUAUCAAUUACACUACAGUGGCACUGUUGCCAAUGCUGUCAUCUUUAUUUGAACAUAUUGGCCAGCAUCAGUUUGGAGAAGAUCUAAUAUUGGAAGAUGUGCAGGUGUCUUGUUAUAGAAUUCUGACUAGCUUAUAUGCUUUGGGAACCAGCAAGAGUAUUUAUGUGGAGAGACAACGCUCUGCAUUAGGAGAAUGUCUGGCUGCCUUUGCUGGUGCCUUUCCAGUGGCAUUUUUGGAAACUCAUCUUGACAAACAUAAUGUUCACUCCAUCUACAAUACUAAGUCUUCACGAGAGAGAACAGCUCUCAACCUGCCUCCAAAUGUGGAGGACAUGUGCCCAAAUAUACCAUCUUUGGAGAAGCUCAUGGAAGAAAUCGUGGAGCUGGCCGAGUCUGGGAUCCGUUACACACAGAUGCCACACGUAAUGGAGGUGGUGUUGCCUAUGCUGUGCAGCUACCUGUCUAGGUGGUGGGAACAUGGGCCUGAGAACAAUCCCGAGCGGUCUGAGAUGUGCUGCACAGCACUGAACUCGGAGCACAUGAACACACUCCUGGGGAACAUCCUGAAGAUCAUAUACAACAACUUGGGAAUUGAUGAGGGAGCCUGGAUGAAGCGGUUGGCAGUGUUUUCCCAGCCUAUCAUCAAUAAAGUGAAACCUCAGCUCUUGAAAACUCAUUUUUUGCCUUUAAUGGAGAAACUCAAGAAAAAAGCAGCCACGGUGGUAGCUGAGGAAGACCACCUGAAAGCCGAGGCCAGAGGGGACAUGUCUGAGGCUGAGCUGCUUAUUCUAGAUGAGUUCACCACAUUAGCCAGAGAUCUCUAUGCCUUCUACCCUCUCUUGAUUCGAUUCGUGGACUAUAACAGGGCAAAGUGGCUGAAAGAACCUAAUCCUGAAGCUGAGGAACUGUUCCGCAUGGUGGCUGAAGUCUUCAUCUACUGGUCAAAAUCUCAUAAUUUCAAAAGAGAAGAGCAGAACUUUGUUGUGCAGAAUGAAAUCAACAAUAUGUCUUUCCUUAUUACUGAUACCAAGUCAAAGAUGUCCAAGGCAGCUGUCUCUGAUCAGGAAAGGAAGAAAAUGAAGCGCAAAGGAGACCGUUAUUCUAUGCAGACUUCUCUGAUUGUAGCAGCACUAAAGAGGUUACUGCCCAUUGGGUUGAACAUCUGUGCCCCUGGGGACCAGGAGCUCAUUGCUCUGGCCAAAAAUCGAUUUAGUCUGAAAGACACUGAGGAUGAAGUUCGAGAUAUAAUCCACAGUAAUAUUCAUUUACAAGGCAAGGUGGAGCAUCCUCAGAGAUCUAAAAAGGCUGUAUGGCAUAAACUACUCUCGAAACAGAGGAAAAGGGCCGUAGUAGCUUGCUUCCGAAUGGCUCCCUUGUACAAUCUGCCAAGGCACCGGGCUGUCAAUCUCUUUCUUCAGGGAUAUGAAAAAUCCUGGAUUGAAACAGAAGAACAUUACUUUGAAGAUAAACUGAUUGAAGACUUAGCAAAACCUGGGGCCGAACUUCCAGAAGAGGAUGAAGCCAGUAAGAGAGUUGAUCCUCUGCACCAGCUGAUCCUCCUGUUUAGUCGCACGGCUUUGACUGAGAAAUGCAAACUGGAGGAAGAUUUUUUAUAUAUGGCCUAUGCAGAUAUUAUGGCAAAGAGUUGUCAUGAUGAAGAGGAUGAUGAUGGCGAAGAAGAAGUGAAGAGCUUUGAAGAAAAAGAAAUGGAAAAGCAAAAGCUUCUGUACCAGCAAGCCAGGCUGCAUGACCGCGGGGCUGCGGAGAUGGUGCUACAGACCAUCAGCGCCAGCAAAGGUGAAACUGGACCAAUGGUAGCUGCUACUUUGAAACUUGGAAUUGCUAUUUUAAAUGGUGGGAAUUCUACAGUACAGCAGAAAAUGCUUGACUACCUCAAGGAGAAAAAGGAUGUGGGUUUCUUCCAGAGCCUGGCUGGCCUGAUGCAGUCCUGCAGUGUCCUUGACCUAAAUGCAUUUGAGCGGCAGAACAAAGCUGAAGGACUUGGGAUGGUGACAGAGGAAGGAUCAGGAGAGAAGGUUUUGCAGGACGAUGAGUUCACCUGUGACCUCUUCCGAUUCCUGCAGCUACUCUGUGAGGGUCACAACUCAGAUUUUCAAAAUUAUCUGAGAACUCAGACUGGCAAUAACAUGACUGUCAACAUCAUCAUCUCUACUGUGGACUACCUGCUGAGAGUGCAGGAAUCAAUUAGUGAUUUCUAUUGGUACUACUCUGGGAAAGAUGUUAUUGAUGAACAAGGGCAACGGAACUUCUCCAAAGCUAUCCAAGUAGCAAAACAAGUCUUUAACACUCUUACAGAGUAUAUUCAGGGUCCUUGCACUGGGAAUCAGCAAAGUUUGGCACACAGCAGGCUGUGGGAUGCAGUGGUGGGCUUUCUUCAUGUGUUUGCCCACAUGCAGAUGAAGCUGUCUCAGGAUUCCAGUCAAAUUGAGCUAUUAAAAGAAUUAAUGGAUCUUCAGAAGGAUAUGGUGGUCAUGUUGCUGUCCAUGUUAGAAGGUAAUGUUGUGAAUGGAACAAUCGGCAAACAGAUGGUUGAUAUGCUUGUAGAAUCUUCCAAUAAUGUGGAGAUGAUUCUCAAAUUUUUUGACAUGUUCUUAAAACUCAAGGACUUGACAUCUUCUGACACAUUCAAAGAAUAUGACCCAGAUGGCAAGGGAGUCAUUUCCAAGAGGGACUUCCAUAAAGCCAUGGAGAGCCACAAGCACUACACACAGUCAGAAACCGAGUUUCUCUUGUCUUGUGCCGAGACUGAUGAAAAUGAGACUCUGGAUUAUGAAGAGUUUGUCAAACGGUUCCACGAGCCUGCAAAGGACAUCGGCUUCAAUGUCGCGGUCCUGCUGACGAACCUCUCUGAGCACAUGCCCAAUGACACCCGCCUGCAGACAUUCCUAGAGCUGGCAGAGAGCGUGCUCAAUUAUUUCCAACCCUUCCUGGGCCGCAUUGAGAUCAUGGGAAGUGCCAAGCGCAUUGAAAGGGUGUAUUUUGAGAUCAGUGAAUCCAGUCGGACUCAGUGGGAGAAGCCGCAAGUCAAGGAGUCCAAGAGGCAGUUCAUAUUUGACGUGGUCAAUGAGGGUGGGGAGAAGGAGAAGAUGGAGCUCUUCGUGAACUUCUGCGAGGACACCAUCUUCGAGAUGCAGCUGGCAGCCCAGAUCUCAGAGUCGGACAUGAAUGAGAGGUCGGUGAAUAAAGAAGAGAGUGAGAAGGAGCGGCCCGAAGAGCAGGGGCCCCGAAUGGGUUUCUUCUCCAUCCUGACAGUCAGGUCAGCCCUGCUUGCCCUCAGGUAUAACAUCCUGACCCUCAUGCGGAUGCUUAGUCUGAAGAGCUUAAAGAAGCAGAUGAAGAAGGUGAAGAAGAUGACCGUGAAGGACAUGGUCACGGCUUUCUUCUCCUCCUACUGGAGUGUUUUUGUAACUCUCUUGCACUUUGUGGCCAGCGUCUGCAGAGGAUUUUUCCGCAUUGUUUGCAGCCUGCUGCUAGGGGGAAGCCUUGUGGAGGGCGCUAAAAAGAUCAAAGUGGCAGAACUUCUGGCCAACAUGCCAGACCCCACUCAGGAUGAGGUGCGUGGAGACGAAGAGGAGGGAGAGAGGAAGCCCAUAGAAACUGCCCUGCCCUCUGAAGAUCUGACUGAUUUGAAGGAGCUGACAGAAGAAAGUGACCUUCUCUCGGACAUAUUUGGCUUGGACCUGAAGAGGGAGGGAGGACAGUACAAGCUCAUCCCUCAUAAUCCCAAUGCUGGCCUCGGUGACCUGAUGUCCAACCCUGUCCCCAUCCCCGAGGUGCAAGAAAAGUUUCAGGAACAGAAGCCAGAAGAAGAAAAGGAAGAAAAAGAGGAAACCAAAUCUGAACCUGAAAAGGCUGAGGGAGAAGAUGGAGAGAAAGAAGAGAAAGCCAAAGAAGACAAAGGUAAACAGAAGUUGCGACAGCUUCACACACAUAGAUAUGGAGAACCCGAAGUUCCUGAGUCAGCGUUCUGGAAGAAAAUCAUUGCAUAUCAACAGAAACUCCUGAACUAUUUUGCUCGCAACUUUUACAACAUGAGAAUGUUGGCCUUAUUUGUCGCGUUUGCAAUCAAUUUCAUCUUGCUCUUUUAUAAGGUCUCCACUUCUUCUGUGGUUGAAGGAAAGGAGCUGCCCACCCGAAGCUCCAGCGAAAGUGCCAAGGUGACCACCAGCCUGGACAGCAGCUCACAUAGAAUCAUUGCAGUUCACUAUGUGCUGGAGGAGAGCAGUGGCUACAUGGAGCCUACCUUGCGUAUCUUAGCCAUUCUCCAUACUGUCAUUUCUUUCUUCUGCAUCAUUGGAUACUACUGUUUGAAAGUCCCAUUGGUUAUUUUCAAGCGAGAAAAGGAAGUAGCACGAAAAUUGGAAUUUGAUGGGCUCUAUAUUACAGAGCAGCCUUCAGAAGAUGAUAUUAAAGGCCAAUGGGAUAGACUCGUAAUCAAUACACAGUCAUUUCCCAACAACUACUGGGAUAAAUUUGUUAAAAGAAAGGUGAUGGAUAAAUAUGGGGAGUUCUAUGGUCGAGACAGAAUCAGUGAGUUGCUGGGCAUGGACAAAGCUGCCCUGGACUUCAGCGACGCCAGAGAGAAGAAGAAACCCAAGAAAGACAGCUCCCUGUCGGCUGUACUGAACUCCAUUGAUGUGAAAUAUCAAAUGUGGAAACUAGGAGUCGUUUUCACUGACAACUCCUUCCUCUACCUAGCCUGGUAUAUGACUAUGUCCGUUCUGGGACACUAUAACAACUUUUUUUUUGCUGCUCAUCUUCUUGACAUUGCUAUGGGAUUCAAAACAUUAAGAACCAUCUUGUCUUCAGUAACUCACAAUGGUAAACAGCUCGUACUAACUGUUGGCCUAUUAGCUGUUGUUGUAUACCUGUACACUGUUGUGGCAUUCAAUUUUUUCCGAAAAUUCUACAAUAAAAGUGAAGAUGGUGAUACACCAGAUAUGAAAUGUGACGAUAUGCUAACGUGCUAUAUGUUCCACAUGUAUGUGGGGGUGCGAGCCGGAGGGGGCAUUGGUGAUGAAAUCGAAGACCCAGCUGGGGACGAGUAUGAGAUCUACAGGAUCAUCUUUGACAUCACCUUCUUCUUCUUUGUGAUUGUCAUCCUCCUGGCCAUCAUACAAGGUUUAAUUAUUGAUGCUUUUGGAGAACUAAGAGAUCAACAGGAGCAAGUCAAGGAAGACAUGGAGACCAAAUGCUUCAUCUGUGGGAUAGGCAACGAUUACUUUGACACAGUGCCGCAUGGCUUCGAAACCCACACUUUGCAGGAACACAACCUGGCCAAUUACCUGUUUUUUCUGAUGUAUCUCAUCAACAAAGAUGAGACAGAACACACAGGACAGGAAUCUUACGUCUGGAAGAUGUAUCAAGAAAGAUGCUGGGAAUUCUUCCCAGCAGGAGAUUGUUUCCGGAAACAGUAUGAAGACCAGCUAAAUUAAAAUCAAACCCUUAUCUCCUCUAAAAACCAAAACUGACUCUCUCCCCAUUCCUCCCUCUUCCUCUUCUCCCCUCUUCCAGUCUCUCUGUCCCAUUCCCCCCUCUCAGUCUCUCUGCUCUCAGAAGCAUCUGGCUGAUCAUGUGGAUUGCCAGCAUCCUGUGCUUUCUGGGAGCAUCAGAAGGAAAACUCUGAAGACCUGACUGUUUUGACCUGACUGUUUCCCCCCAUCUCUUGUAUUUUCUUUGAGAAAUAAAGACUGAAGAAUAAUCUAACUUCAUACACAAGCAAAAUAGGAUCUCUGGGAAGAAAACCAUUGCAGACACUCUAUCAUACCACAUGUGGACCGUUUCUUCUGAGGGUCCUGGAGAUCUCUCUGAGCCACGGGACCUUCACCUUGAAGUGUGGCAGCCUCACUCACUCGGCUUCUUUAUUUCACCAUCCCGAGAGGAACUGUCUAAGGGUCACAGAGCACGCUAGCACUUAAAAGAUUGCUGUGGACGCCAGUCAUGAAAGGAAAUAGUGCCUUACUAUAUGUGGGUUGAGCUAUGCAGAAGAUACGUGCAUGAAAAUACAUCUUUAUUUUCUUUAUGCCCACCUACUUUUCCUUAGUAGAUUGAUUUUGUGAGUUUUUUCCUUUAUUUUCUUUGGUGGGGAGGGUAAGAAAAGCCGUUUGUUCACACCUUUUCUUCUAAGAGGGGUGUUGUGUCUCAGGAUGGAAGGAAGGAAGGAGGGAGGCCCUUCUCACUCAGUUAUCCACAUUUACCCUCCCCUUCUACUCCUGCUCUUAUUUUGGUGACGCUCUGAUACAACAGUGCAACUUUAUGAAAUCUUUGUAUGAAAACACAAAGACUGCAAAAAAAACACACUUUCAAAAGAAAUAACUCAUUGCAUGUUGAUUAUGGAAGUUUAAUUGAACCAAGAAAACCUUCAGAAGCAAGUUGACCAACAUAAAAGACCUUCCAUGAUAAUUAUACUCAUAGUAAUAAAGUGUUGUGGGCUUAACUGUAUAUUUGGAGCCAGUGUCAUCCACCAACAAUGUGAUACAUUCUGAACUUGACAGUAGUGUUGGGGUUCCCUCUUUCUUUUGGCCAUCUGUGAUCAGGUGUUGAUUAAGGACUUUGCAUCAGGCAUUUUUUGAUAUCAAAGCUGAAGCAAUAUCCAUUCAGGGAUUUCAUCAGGCUCAUCACAAGACAUGAAUGAUAAUAUCAAUUGCUCCAUUUUUUUUUCCAUUUUGAGUCCUUUUAAGUGUAAUGCUAAUCUUUACAAUUAAAAAGACAGAUUCAGAAUGGAAGCAAGUUCAUUUUGCAAACAUUGGAGCUCUUUUAUUACAAGUCUGCUUGUUAAUUUUAGAAUUGUAAAACUGCUCUGAUUAAACUAUUUAACUAACUUU